GGGCAACUGCCAAAGGAAUUUGAAGUUUUAUAAAACCAUUUUAUAGUUUAUACAUAGAUUGGAUUUAUUAAAUAAAGUAAAAUUGUUUCAUUUUAAAUUAAAACAUCAUAACUAAAUAUUAAUUUGUAUUGCGUUUUAUGCCAAUUAUUAAGCGUGCAUAAAUGCUACUAAUUUACGUGUAUUAAAGUUGCCGACUGUUGUUGUUUCGCGAAAACAAGGGCGUUAACCAAGGAAUUUUCAAAGAAGUAUAAUAGUAAUGUACGGGAAAAAAACUCCUUCGACUUAUAGAUCUACGCCUUCUGUAUAUUCACAUUAUACAGGAAAGUCAUCAACAAAUCUUCGCUCAUCAAAAUCCGUUAAAUCUCUGCGAGUACCAUGGUAUCAAAAGCCAAUCCUCCAUGAUGCUUUUGUUUUGGACUUACAAAGAGGUUCAUUACUAACAGGGUCUCUAGCUGUGUUUAUAGCUUUAUUCACAUUUGCCCAGAGUAUAUUUGACUUGUAUUGCCUUGGAAUGGCAGCACCUGGUUCCGUGCAUUAUGGAUACUAUGUGAUGAGCUAUCAAUUUGUUUAUGUAGGUAGUGCACCUGUUCGCAAUGUUCUCAUUGUGUUUUCAUUAUUUUCCUGGAUUGGAUCUGUUGCAGUAUUGGUCACUAGUAUUAUGCUUAUAAGUGCUUUGCGAAAAGAACAUGAAAAGCGCAUUGUCCCUUGGUUGUAUGCUUUUGGAGUAUUUAUAUUAUUUCGUGCAGUUGCAUUUAUAUUUGCUUCCAUAGUGAAUGACAUGAUAUUUGCAUACAAUAUAUUAAUGUGCCUUUUUUGGAUUGUGUUUACUGUCAGCGGCAUCUAUGGAUGGUUACUUGUAUACAGUUUAUAUUUGGAACUAGCUGACUUGACAAAGUUGGAAGAUUUGGCACAUUUACGAAUGGGUACCAUGGCAUCUCUUAAUGCAUCUUUAGCUGGUUCAAGACCCACAACUCCACACUCAACAGUAUCUACCAUGCCAGCUUCGCAAAUAUGAUAUGAAACCAAGCCUACUCUUGAAAUGGAACCAAUGCUUAAUGACGUAAAUGAGAGUAGUCUUGAAACUCCAGUCUGAAUGGACCUGGAUAACAUGUUAAUUUACAAUGUUUAAGGCGGAAACACAUUAUUAAAACGCCACGCAACCCGAAGCAACGCGACGCGUGUUGAGUCGAAUCAAACUGUACUAUUGUCUAUGACUAGAAUCACACUUUGAACAUCCGACGCGACUCUAUACGAGCACACGACACCCGACUCGACCCGACGCCUCGCUCGUAGUCGUUCGAGUUUUUCGCACGAAUGUCACAUACAUACACAUGACAUAAGAAGAAUAAAAUACAGAAGUAGAAGUAGAAUCUGAACGGUCGCGAAAUGAAAAGUACAGUUUGAAAGCAUUUUAUGAUAAUUUUAGUCAUAUAUAGUAUCAGAUAUGUACCCAAAAUGUGCAUCAAAUCUUCAUCAAAAUAUUCAUCUGACUCGUUAUUUAUUAAAUCCAUAGCACAAUUAGCACACAACUAUACACCUUCAUUAUUGUCUUACUUGGUAAUGUGCACGAUGGACAUCGGGUGUCGACACGUUGCGUCGCGUGGCGUUUUAAUAAUGUGUUUCCGCCUUUAGAAUCUUAAGAGUUAAAAAUAUUAUCAAUAUAGGAGAUUUUGCAAAUAUGUGCCUUAAUUGGGUCAUUAAAACAAAAUAAAAGAAAUCUUAAAUAGAGUAGGUAAGAUGUGCAUUAGCAAUUACAUUUAUAUACAUUUUUAUAAAAUUUACUUUAAAAUCAAGUGGCCGGCAAUUGACAAUAGUAAUAUAUUUGUCAAUUAUUUAAUUUCUAAGUAUAGUUUAACAUUAAGCCCUUAUUUAGUAUAGAUUCGCCGUCCUUUAUUUUAGUAUUAUAUUUUAAGACAGGAAUCUCACUUUAAAAUAAACAUUAUGCUUGCAUUUAAACUUUUGUUAUGAUUACAGAUCUAUUCAUCUGAUCUUAUUCAAAAGAACGAAAAAUACUACUUUCCUUUAAUAAGACUGUUUAUUUUAUAGAUUUUUGCAUGAAGUAAUUUUUCAAUAUUUUUAUAAUAAGGUGACCAAUUAUUUUUUGUUCAAAAAGAGUACACUUUGCAAGUAUUUCUUAGGUGAAAAAAAAAGAAGAAAAAACAAUAAAAAGUUUAUUUUCUUUUAAAAACAUAUUUUUCUUCGGAGUGGAUUUGGAUUUUGCUAAAUGAAGAUGUUCGUCUAAUAAUGUAGCCAUAUCCGAACAACUUUCAUUUUGCAUAUUAAAUUGGACUGUUAAGACGGCAGAUAAUGUUUUUACAGAAAGUUGCGACUUCUCACUGCUGACUGCUCCAAUAAUCAUUCCCUAGUGCAAAUACCAUUAUAACAGCAGCAUUAGUGCCUGGACAAUAUAACGAAAUUUCUAUUAAAACUAAAUUAUACAAAUGAGUACUUUUAGAGUACAGGAUUUAAAAAGUAGUAAGUACGGUUUGCAAAAAAAGAGUAAAAACUCAGUAAUUGAGUAUAGUUGGUCACCUUAUUUAUAAUAAUAUGAUUAUAAAUGUUGGCACAAAACUUAUAACAAUUUUCAUAUGUAUUAAAACUGCCAUAUGAUAAAUAACUUAUGACCCACCAGUGUCUUAAUCUUAGGUAAUAAGAGAAGUAAUAAUUUUAACAACUUCGUUACUAAAAUCUCAUAUAUGUUUUGUCUGUAAAUAUUUGACUUAAAGAUACAAAUAUGUAAACCGUCCAAUAAAUUAAUAAACGAUUUUACUAUA